AGUCGCCCUUUCCAUCCGCAUCUAUCCUUUUCCAUUUCACGGAAAAUUAAACCCUAGAAUUUGAUCUCGAAUCGCUCGAUAACAGCCAAGGGAGCGGAUUGAUGGCGCUUGUUUCUAAGGCAGGCUCACCAUAUUGUAUCCGUGGUGAUAUAACUUGGGGUAGAACCGGGCAGAAUGUGGCCUUUGGUAUGGUGAAAAAUGUUGAGGUUCCUCUAAUGAAGGAAAAAUCUGUCGUUUUUCCUUCUUUUUCAUGCAACAAUGUGAAGAUAGCUCGUAAGCUUCCUUUAGAAACUCUGGGAUUUCGAGGCAAAAAAAGGAAUAGUGUGAUUGUUGCGGCAAGCCCUCCCACAGAGGAUGGUGUGGUUGCUACUGAACCAUUGACGAAAGAGGAUCUUGUUGGAUACCUUGCAUCUGGAUGUAAGCCCAAGGAAAAUUGGAGAAUAGGUACAGAGCAUGAAAAGUUUGGUUUCGAGAUCAAAACUCUGCAACCUAUGAAAUAUGAACAAAUAGCAGAAUUGCUGAAUGGUAUUUCAGAGAGAUUUGAUUGGGAUAAAGUAAUGGAAGGUGAUAAAAUUAUUGGACUUAAACAGGGGAAGCAAAGCAUAUCAUUGGAACCUGGGGGGCAGUUUGAGCUCAGUGGUGCACCUCUUGAAACUUUGCAUCAAACAUGUGCCGAGGUCAAUUCACACCUCUAUCAGGUUAAAGCUGUUGCAGAAGAAAUGGGAAUUGGAUUCUUAGGGAUUGGUUUCCAGCCCAAAUUGGGAAUAAAGGACAUUCCUGUCAUGCCUAAGGGAAGAUAUGAGAUAAUGAGAAAUUACAUGCCUAAAGUUGGCUCACUUGGUCUUGAUAUGAUGUUUAGGACAUGCACAGUUCAGGUUAAUUUGGACUUCUGUUCAGAAGAUGACAUGAUUAGGAAAUUUCGUGCUGGUCUUGCUUUGCAACCUAUAGCAACAGCUUUAUUUGCAAAUUCCCCCUUUACGGAAGGAAAGCCAAAUGGUUACCUUAGCAUGAGAAGUCAUAUCUGGACUGAUACUGAUAAGAACCGAACAGGCAUGCUUCCAUUUGUUUUUGACGACUCCUUCGGGUUUGAGCAGUAUGUUGACUAUGCUCUUGAUGUUCCAAUGUAUUUUGUUUACCGGAAAAAUAAGUACAUUGACUGCACCGGAAUGUCAUUCAGGGAUUUUAUGGCUGGAAAUCUUCCAUGUAUUCCUGGUGAACUGCCAAACCUUAAUGACUGGGAAAAUCAUUUGACAACUAUAUUUCCAGAGGUCCGACUGAAGAGGUACUUGGAGAUGAGGGGAGCUGAUGGAGGGCCUUGGAGGAGGUUAUGUGCUCUGCCAGCAUUUUGGGUAGGUUUGUUAUAUGAUGAGGUUUCGCUCCAGAGUAUCCUAGACAUGACUGCUGAUUGGACUCCCGAAGAAAGACAAAUAUUGAGAAGCAAGGUUCCAAAGACUGGUCUUAAGACACCAUUUCGAGAUGGGCUUCUGUGGCACGUUGCUGAAGAUGUUCUCAAAUUGGCCAAGGAUGGCUUGGAAAGGAGAGGCUUCAAGGAAACCGGGUUCUUGAAUGAGGUGGCAGAGGUGGUUCGAACAGGAGUAACACCAGCUGAGAGGCUCUUGGAAAUGUAUCACGGGAAAUGGGGACGAUCUGUUGACCCUGUUUUCGAAGAACUACUUUACUGAGACGAAUCGGGAAUCAAACUCUUAGAGUGCUGUGAUUUCACGCAUCGUCUUUUUUGUUGUAAUUCGCUAAGUGAACUUCGGAUGCACUUUAUGUGAUCUUUAUGGAGGAAUAAGCGAUGCCUUGAACGGAUGCAUAACAAACUUUGUCCCAGUUUAGGGUUUUCAUCACAACGUUUAUGGUAAUGUCGUUGCUGCUGCCUUUUAACAG